GAUUCAGGGAUUCUUGUACGCUUCAUGGGAGACACUGAAACGCAGCACCGUCAUUUUUUCGUUCAAAUGCUAAAAGCUUUAAAUUCACUUUCUCGUUUGCCAUCUCUUUCCAUCCCCCGCAGGUACUUUUCUGCCAAAAUGAGCACCAACCCAGAUCCAAUAUGCCUGAAGUUCAUAUCCGUAGAAGGGGCUGACAUUUGUUCAAGAAGUAAAUCUGAUGGCAUCAGAUUUCGCCUUGUCUCAUAUAACAUUUUGGCUCAGGUUUAUGUGAAGAGCUCUCUAUUUCCACAUUCUCCACCUGGUUGCCUCAGAUGGAAAGCUCGUUCACAGGCCAUUUUAACUGUUCUUGACAGCCUUGAUGCUGAAUUCCUCUGCCUACAGGAAGUGGAUGAGUAUGAUACUUUUUAUAAAGUGAACAUGGAAAGUCUUGGCUAUUCCAGUAUAUAUAUCCAAAGAAGUGGGCAAAAGCGUGAUGGCUGUGGAAUUUUCUUUAAGGCUGACUGCGCAGAGUUGCUGAUAGAAGAAAGAAUAGAAUAUAAUGAUCUUGUGGAUCUGAUACAAGAUAUAUCCAUUUCUUCUGGUGACAAACAGAACACAGUGGUUGUUAGUGAAAUUAAAGAUGAUCCAAAGAAUGUGGUCACAGGUUCAUCACUUAAAGGUACUCGAGAGAAUCAUGGAGAUCCCAAUGACCCUCGUGUGAGACUCAAACGUGAUUGUGUGGGAAUUAUGGCUGCAUUUAAAAUCAAGGGUCCUUUUCAUUGCAUUUUUAUUGUGGCAAACACUCACCUUUAUUGGGACCCAGAAUGGGCUGAUGUCAAGCUUGCGCAAGCAAAGUAUCUGCUAUCACGCCUAGCUCAGUUUAAAGUGCUGGUGUCAGAGAGAUAUGAGAGCGCACCCUCAGUAAUCCUGGCUGGUGACUUCAAUUCAAUCCCAGGGGAUAAGGUUUUACAGUACUUUCUGUUUUUACUUUGAGUUAUCAUGUUUUACUGUGCUUCUUUUUUGGUUGUUUUUUCUUCAAGGUCUUUCCUUUUAGUUCCUCCAUCAUUCUGAAAAUGCCUAUUGAUGCGAUUUUCUACUAUAACAGACAUCAGUAGUAGAAAAACUUAAUUUCUAAACAAAUUCUCCUUACUUAACCUACAA